AUGGCCUUCCCUGUUGAUAUCUUGGAUAACUACAGCCAUGAUGAACUGGAGAGUUUGUCGGAAGAUUAUUUGUCAUACUUAAGGUGUGCUGAUCCUGAUAACCCGGAGUACUUCAGCCUGCGAGAUGGACGAGAGGUGCUAAUUAGUCUUUCUACAGUAGGGUAUGUGCCUCUUUAUGGAGGAGAUCAGGCACAAAAACUUCUGGCUCUCUUUGCACCUGAAGAUACUCUGACAGCUGUGGCUUUGUAUCUUGCUCAUCAGUGGUGGACAGUUGAUGAUACAGUGAGAACGUCCAAAACAUCCCGGGAUGGCUUGCAGCAGGUCCGGACUCUUGGAGAAAGGGUCGUUCUUUAUGUGCUGAACCGAAUUAUUUAUAGAAAGAAAGAGAUGGAGAGGGACGAGGUCCCCUUUCUCUGUCACAGCAGCUCUGAUUAUGCCAAGAUUCUAUGGAGGGAAGGAGAAGCCAUUGGAUUUUAUUCUGUGAAGCCUGCAGGAAGUAUAUGUCCCAUGUAUCUUACCCAAAGUUACACACUUCCAGUACUUGAUACCAUGUUUGUUAGGAAGCGAUUUCAAGGUGAAGAUUUUACUUUGCAAAUGUUGGAAGAUUAUGUAGACUCCUUCACAGAAGAAACACUUGGCCUAAGGUAUCCUCUGUCACCUACAAUGCAUGCAGCCUGCAAGCAAUAUUUACAUAAAUACCCAGGAGAUCAAGAGCUGCUGUGGGAAGUGGAAGGUGUAGGUCACUGGUUCCAAAGAACCCUUAUUUCCCAUAUACUCAAGAGAGAUACUGUAGGAUUAUCGGUCCCAGAUCCAGAAACUGCCAAACAAGAGCUGAUCUCUCAGUGUACAGAAAAGUCCUCAUCUGAGCCUCCUGCAGAAUCUCAGCCUCAGAAUACCCAACAAUCAGAUCCUGAAUGGGCAGAAACUGAAAAAAGAGAAGAUACUAAGGAAACACAGGCAGAAACAGAGGAAGAGAAAGAUAUUCAAAAAGAUGAUGAUAUUUCUUCUAAGGAACCUGAUGAGACUCCCGUCUCUACUCGCACUAGAAGUAGCCAGCUGAAACGGCCAAAGAUUGGAAAGAAAUUAGAAGAUGCUGAACCAGAAAGAGUGACCGAUGAUACCAGGAUUGAUAGUUCACCUAAACAAAUGGAAUCUAAGGAGCAGAUAGUGGAGAAUUUUAAGGAGCUGAUCCAGCAGCUCGCGGAAGACAAAGAUGAAACUGACAUGGCCAAACUUCAGGAAGAGAUCUCGUCUAAACCUGUGCAACAGGUGUUACAUGACAGUAUAGAAGUACAGAAAGAACUGGAGGAGAAUGUUGAAAAGAGAGAGGUGGUUGAUCUGGAACCAGUGAAUGGUGAUAUCACAAAGGAAGUGUACGAGCCUCAGCUUGUAAAUGCACAAGAAAUAGCAACAGAAGCUUUGGAUACGGAGUCCAAUUUAGAACCUGGUGAUAGUGAUGGAAAAUCUCUCACUACUCUCGUUUCGGUCAACAUGGACUUAGAAAAAUCAUUUGAAGACUCCUUUCCAGACCAGGUCCUUAAUCCAGAAGAUCUGGAGACCACAACACAUGAAAAUGUAAUAACUGUGAUGGAACAGACAGAAAUACAAGAAGAGGAAUUCAAAGAGAGAAUCAUAGAGAAACCAAGUGAAUCAUGUGUAGCAGGAGAAAAUGAGGACUUAACAGGUAAUGGUCUACCUGGAUACACAGAAAGUAAUUCUGCAGAAGAGUGUGCUACAUCUGAUGAUGCUUUGACCCUAGAGACUGCCUCCAUAGAAGAAACAACAGUCAAUGUCACAGCAGAUACUCUUCUCCGACAAGGCCCUCUGCUUGUGGUGGAACUACAAGAUGUGGCUUUCCAGCAGCAGUCUGAUGGACAGAGAAGUGUUUCUGGAGACCAGUCUGAAGGGUCUGUAGAGACAGAUCGGUCUCUGCGGAAAUCUGUGGAGAGAGGUGGGGAUAGCAGCUCAGAGGAAAUGGAAACAGAGAUUCCUGUUAAGACAGAAGAGAAGGAUUACGCAGAAAGGCAAGGGCAUACAAAGGACCUGCUAAGAGAAGAGCCAAGCUGUCAGCUU